AUGACUUCCAAGCACCAAAGCUAUACGCUGUACUAUUACAAGCUGUCCAUAGCCUCCCGGAUGGUAGGCUAUUCCUUCCCACUCCGAAGGAAGCCAAAAGACCCAGACAAUGAGGUCUUGAUCUCUCGGGAAGAGCUCAUCGAUAUCACGAGUGGCGAGCAGUGCACGGAGCAUUUUCUCUGCGAGAUCAAUCCUUUGGGGGCCGUCCCUGUCCUCCAGAGUAAUGAUGGCCAGGAGACCAUCCCCGACAGCCUGGCAAUCACAAAAUUUCUCGCUCAAACAGAUUCUUCUCUGAUCCCAGCUUCGCACCAAACCGAGAUCGUCGAUCUCCUAGAGGAACUCCACAAGAUCAACUUCUUCACCCUGAUUUUCAGCAACAAGCCCGAAGUCCCACGCCAAUCCAAGGCCGCCUUAAAACAGCUCCUCGCCGGCGACAUCAGCGAGAGGUACGCUGAAGCCAUCAAGGGCAAGAUAGAGCACCUCAAUAAAGAACGCAUCGCAGCUCUCGAACCAGAAUACAUCGCUGCAACAGUCAACAAGGCCGAGAAAUGGCUCGCCAAGAUCGACAAAAUCGUCCAGUCGUCACGCACCACGUGGUUGUUCGGAGAGGAACCUACUGCCCUUGACGCACAUGUCGUGGUCUUUGCGAGCACGAUGGAGGCUGAGUAUGUUGGGCGUGGGAGGAUGACUCCAGAGGCUGUGAGGGCUUCUGAGAGGAGGGCUAUGGAGAGCAGGGAGUGGGUUGAGUUUGAGGGGAGGUGGAUGGCAGCUUGA